UGCCUUGAUUAACGGCGCAUGGCCACGCUAUCUCGGUGGAAACCGGAAAGCUUCGUUAAUGGCUUCUGCUACGCUCUUGGCUUCGCCGAAAACCACUCCUCAUCCUUCUCCUUCUCUGCAACAGGGCAAGAGAAGAGACGCCCUGUACGUAGCGUCAGUGCCACUCAGGGCGGCCAAGGGCCCCGCCCAGAUGCUCAUGUCCACAGCUUACUCUCUCGGUCUCAGGGACCUGCAGCACUUCAUGGUCAUCAUCAAGCCCGACCCUUCACGCCCUCAGGCAUUUGUUUUUGAUUUUCAACCUCAAGAUCCUGAAAACAUUUUUACAGCAGUUGCAGCACUAUCUGGGUGGAAAAUUCCAGGAGUUAUCCUCAAGAGGACAUUGAGAAGGAUACCUAUAAGUAGGUGCUGGUUUGUUGGAUUUUCUAUAAAUGAUGGUGUAGAUGCAACCAACAAAUUCAAUGAAGUCUGGUCAACUGAUCUGAUUAUUGGUAAACAUGACUGCCGCCAUUACACCAAUGGAUUGGUUGAACACCUAACCGGAGAACCAUGUGCCCUAGAGUGUCUAAGAGCACUGUCCAAUGGCUAAAAUUCCAUCAUUCUGGACUGUAAUAUACAUAUUGUGGCUGUGCUGAAAUCAAUUCCUCUAACAGAGCACAUUUCUACUUUCUUCAAUAAAAAAAAGGUAUGCGUUGUCUACCAUGUAAUUAUAUCUUA